AUGCACAAGAAGCCCUUGCUCGGCGUGGCGCUCCGUGGACAUUUGACGGUGCGGCGGCAGCCGAACUGGCUUGCCGACUCCGCCCGCACGGAAGCCGGACGCAAUGCCGUGUCUGCUCCGACAUUUGACCAUGCCUUUAAAGACCCUGUUCAGAAUGGCGUAAUAAUAGCGCCAGAGACGGAAAUUUGUAUCUUGGAGGGCAACUAUCUCUUGAGCGACGAGGCGCCGUGGAAGACUAUUGGGGAUGUCGUGGACGAUCGCUGGCUGGUCAAAGUCGACGCUGAUGUUGCGAAACGACGACUUGCCACGCGGCAUAUUGCCGCCGGUAUUGAAGAGUCGAUGGAGAAUGCCAUUAUGAGGGCCGAGAACAACGACAUGGUCAAUGGGGAGUAUGUGAUGGCGCACAGCUUUGGGCGGUAUGAUGUCUUGAUUGACAGCGCCGAGGAGUCGGCGCCCAACUGA